AUAAAGUAUACAAAGAGAAUAUUCUAAAGUAUAAAAUAUUUACAAUAAUUCUAAAUAUAAUUAUGUUCACAUCUUAACAUCAUUUUAGUGAUUUAGUAGAAGCUGACAUGUUCUCGGCACUUCAAAAUCUGGAAACCAUCUUUCUUUCAAACAAUAAUCUGUCCUUGAGAAUGAAUGUCAAUGCCAACUUCACAUUAUCCAAACUAACUGAUGUUUCCUUUUCUUCUUGUAACUUGAGUGAAUUCCCCAAUUUCAUAAGACAUUCAAAUGGUCUGCAAAGUGUAGUGCUGUCCAAAAAUAGCAUUCAUGGAAAUAUUCCCCAGUGGAUAUGUGAAAAGGAUGAUCUCCAAAUUCUUGACCUUUCUCAUAACAAUUUAAUCGGGAAGAUUCCAAAUUGUCUUCCUAAGUCUCUCUCAGUGUUGAAUUUACAGGCCAAUUACUUUGAUGGAAAUAUACCAUUUGGGUUUCCAGAGGGCUGUGGAUUACAAAAUCUCAACUUACAUGGAAAUCAAAUGGACGGGCUAUUACCAAGGUCUUUGGUGAAUUGUAGCAUGUUAGAGGUUCUAGACGUCGGCAACAACAGCAUAGAGGAUACAUUUCCUCAUUGGUUGGAAUCUCUACCAGACCUUCAAGUGCUUGUCUUAAGGUUCAACAAGUUCCACGGUUUUGUGCAGAGCAGCAAAGAAAGUCCAUCUUUUCCCAAGUUACGAGUUAUGGACCUCUCCAGCAAUGAUUUUUGUGGUCCUUUGCCUCUUCGGUACAUGGAAAAUUUUAAAGCGAUGAUGGAUCCUCAUGGAGAGGAUGGUUCCCUUGAAUACAUGAAUGCGUGGACGAGAGGCCGUUCUUAUCAAUAUUCACUGGUUGUGACAUGGAAGGGAUUCGACUAUGAGCUACAGGGAAUCUUGAUCAUAUUCAGUACUAUUCAUCUCUCAAAUAACAUGUUUGAGGGAGAAAUUCCAGAUAUUAUUGGAAAGCUUAGUUCUCUCAAAGGGCUUAAUCUUUCUCAUAACAAUCUUACUGGUCAUAUCCCACCGUCACUAGGGAAUUUGACGAAUCUGGAAUGGUUGGAUCUCUCUUCCAACGAGCUAGCGGGGAAAAUUCCAGAUGAAUUGGGCAAUCAGUUCAACACCUUUGGAAAUGGUUCUUAUGAAGGAAACAUUGGACUGUGUGGAAUCCCAUUGUCAAAAUCUUGUGAUGGAAUUGGGAUACCGCCGAGCUCCUUCCAAGAAAAAGAUGAGUUGUGGAGGUUUGACUGGAGAGUUGUGGUGUUAGGCUAUGGAUGUGGAGUUGUUUUUGGACUGCUAAUGGGAUAUCAUGUCUUUCGAACAGGAAAACCAAAAUGGUUCGUGUCUUUGUUUGAUGGCCGACCAAGUCAAAGUGGAAGGAAGAUGAGGAAAGCCAAAAGACUUGUUCAAAGAAGAAGGUAGUUGCAAAGUUGAUGUUUUAGAGCUUCUAAUUUAAUGUUUCCUGAAUAAGUGCUUUUCGGGUUUGAAGUUCUUGUUAUGGUUGGCAUUGGCUUGUCUAAAAUUGUCAGCCUUCUCUUGUCUUUAUUAUGGUUUGUAAUUUUGUCUUUCUUUAUUGUAAAAUAUAUUUGAAGGUUUAAG